AGGUGGUGAGUGUUCUCCCGGUGCUCUACUGGCUGCCUCGCUACUCCAUCUGGGACUAUGGCAUGCCCGACAUCGUCUCCGGCAUCAGUGUUGGCAUCAUGCACCUUCCACAAGGGAUGGCCUAUGCCCUUCUAGCCUCCUUACCUCCCGUCUACGGUCUCUACUCUUCCCUUUACCCGGCCCUGGUCUACUUCUUCUUUGGCACCUCCAGACAUAUCUCCAUAGGCACCUUCACCGUGCUGAGCAUCAUGGUGGGCAGUGUGACCGAAGGCCUGGCUCCAGAUGGCCGGGUAACCGCUAGCAACGGCUCGCUGACAGAGGAUGAGGUCAUGGCGAGGGAGCUGUACAAGGUGCAGGUGGCAGCCGCCACCACAGUACUGGCUGGACUCAUACAGGUGGUGCUGGGGCUGGUGCAGUUUGGCUUCGUGGGUACGUACCUGUCAGAGCCGGUGGUGCGGGCCUACACCACUGCAGCCGCACUCCAUGCGGUGGUGGCUCAGCUCAAGUACCUCUUCGGGACCUCACCCAAACGCUCCAGUGGGCCACUCGCACUCAUCUAUACCCUGGUGGACGUGUGCUUCUUGCUGCCUGAAACUCACCUCCCCACACUGCUGGUCAGUGGUGUUGCUAUGGUGGUACUAAUCUUUGCCAAGGAGCUGAAUGCGGCCUUCAGGCACAAGCUGCCCGUGCCCGUCCCUGUGGAGCUCAUCACUAUUGUGGCAGCCACUCUCAUCUCGUCCUAUGGAGAGCUGAGCAGCUACAAGGUGCCAGUGGUAGGGGAGAUCCCCUGCGGACUGAGUCCUCCGAGUGUUCCUGACUUCAGCAUCUUUGGGGAGGUCAUUGGCGAUGCCUUUGCCAUAGCUAUUGUGGGCUACGCCAUCUCCAUCUCCCUGGGGAAAACCUUUGCCCUCAAGCAUGGCUACAAAGUGGACAGCAAUCAGGAGCUUGUGGCGCUGGGUCUGAGCAAUGCUGUCGGGGGCUUUUUCCAGUGCUUUGCCGUCUGCCCCUCCAUGUCACGCAGCCUCGUUCAGGAGAGCACAGGUGGCAAGACCCAGAUGGCGGGGGUCUCCUCAGCUGUGAUAGUGUUGGUGACAAUCCUGAAGCUUGGACCUCUCUUUCAGGAACUGCCAAAGGCUGUCCUUGCUGCCAUUGUCAUCGUAAAUCUCAAAGGGAUGUUCAAGCAGCAUUAUGACAUGGUGACACUGUGGAGAAGCAAUAAGAUUGACUGGUUGGUAUGGCUGGUGACCUGGGUGUGCACACUGCUGUUGAAUUUGGACAUGGGCCUUGGAGCGUCCGUUGCCUUCGCCCUGUUGACUGUUGUCUUCAGGACGCAGCGGCCAAAAUAUUCUGUGUUGGGCCGUGUUCCUGGGACUGAGCUCUAUGUGGACAUAGAGACACACAGAGGGGCGAGAGAGGUCCCGGGUGUCACCAUUUUCCACUCCUCAGCCACUGUGUAUUUCGCCAAUGCUGAGCUUUACCUGGAAGCCCUAAAGGAGAAGUGUGGUCUGGAUAUCGGUAAGAUGAUCACCUAUAAGCGGAGACAGGAGGCCAAGCAGAAGCGCAGGGACAGGAGAGCCAGAAGGCGGGCCAGACGUCAGGCCAAGAGACGGCAACUGCUUAUCAGAGCAGCUUCUCGGCGAGAAGUGUUUUCAGUGGAAGAGGAGGCCAACCGCUGGAAGGAGGCAAGCCAAGGGAAGAAGCCUGAAACUGCAUCGCCGCCUACAUUAGUGGUGGAGGACUUCAGCAUGCGGCCGCGAGAGAACAGCACAGUAUUGGUCAUGCCCGAGUCUCCCAGCAAGGGCAGCUGGGUCUACCUGAAGGGCACAGAUCGAGAUAGCGACACUCAAGAAGAGGACACGGCCACUCUAGAUGGCGAUGACACUGCCACUCUAGACGGAGAUACUUUGGAUGGUGACACCAUGACGCUGGAUGGUGACACCAUGACAGUGGACUCUUGCAGCAUGGAGAUGGUUUCUCUGGGAUCACUGGGCAAGUGGACCUGGGACAUCCACUCCAUCAUUCUUGACCUUUCCACUGCCAAUUUUAUUGACACAGUGGCCAUAAAAUUAAUGAGAAAUGUUGUUAAAGAUUUUGGGGAGAUUGACAUUCAUGUUUACAUUGCUGGGUGCCAGGCUACUGUGGUGGAGGACCUGGAGCUGGGUGGGUUCUUCUCUGACGCCAUCAGCAAAGGACGCCUCUUUGCCACCGUCCAUGACGCUGUCCUCUACUGCACCAACAGCAGGAAAGGAAGUUACGCAAGCCCUUCCAGUUAUGAUUGCUCACUGGAAAUAAAUGGCACCAGGCUCUGAAAUGGACUCUGAAAAUAGCCUAGCAGGGCAUGCAAAGGCAGCCAGCCUCCUAAAGGACCCUGUGGAGUGGAACAUUGGAGUCAGGACAGGUCACUCUCUUGUCUGGAUGGGUUAGGAUCUACUAUCUAUCCUCUAGACACAGACAUGCAAUUGGGAAUAUGCAUCUCUACACUACAAUGCAUCUCUAGAGUACAAUGUUUUUUUGCACAUUGCAAGUUGUACAAAAAGCAUACCAAUGAUGUUUGUAAAAAAAAGAAGUGAAUCUGUGGCACAUGCUGUAAAAAAAAAAGAAAGAAAAAUAAUACUUGUUAGCGUUGCUUGUUAACCUAACAAGUCACAAUGUACAUACGGUAGACUUUAUUGGUACUUUUUAUAUUUCAGUGUUUUUCUUAAAUUGCAAUGCACCUUGAAUUUUGCAACCUAACGAUUGUAACAGUUGCAAAGUGUUUUGAAUUUGUACCUUAAUUACCUAGCAAAUGAAGAGAUGGAUCGCACUCAGGUUCUUCUUUUCUAUUUUUUAAUUUUUUACAUAGCUGCAAUCCGCCUCUUCCUUUGUUGAGUUUAUUCAACUUGGAGACACACCACACAGAAGAGCGCGGUCUAUCAACUACUACCUAAAUUACCUAACAAAUAUUUCAACACAGGUAGCAGCAUACUACAAGGUGGCUGAUGGAUACUUGAAGUUCAUUUUUGUAUACAGUUCAAUUUCUCUCUGGUGUGCAUUAACAAUGUUACAUAAUUGAUUCAUGGUUUGUGGAAACAAGUUGCAUUGUAGCAGAAGUAAACUGCCGUACACAACAAGAACGCAGUAACUGCAUAUCUGGUCGAAAUUGAGUUUAGAUCGGAAAUUGGCAUUAAAAUACCUCCUUUGUCGUGUGUCAAAAAACUGUGGUCCAACAUUGUCCCGUUUCAAAUAAAAAUCAUGUUGAAAGGGCAAAAACUACAAAAAAGAAAGCUAGCUGCUACUGCAGUGUUACAUCUUAUAAGCCAAAAACGCAGUAAGUCGCGUGUAGUUACUGCAAUUUCCAUUGAAGCAGUGGUUUGGGAGUAGGCAGUAAUACAUGUCAAGAACGCAGUAACUCAAUUUUUGUGGUUAAAAGACACGUGCAUGUUGUUUUUGCAGGUUUUUUGUGUGUGCAUAAAUUUCUAUCCUACAAAAAUAUUACAUGGAAGUGUCACCACCACUUUACCGACAACACAGUUGUCUAGCCAAAAAGGAGCCUUUUUUUUCUCAGUUUGCCAGGAAUCGGAGUUACUACGUUGUUGUUUUGUACGGCAGUAUAGUAAGACUAUAAAUCAUGUACUAUUACACCGUAUUGUAAUUACUCAUACUGCUGCAUAACAUUGAUUAUGUAAUAAUCAGAUAGAAUAAAAUAAUGAGAUAACAAUUAC